UUCCUUUUUCAGGCAAUCAAAUGAAACCACAAAGGUGUCGUUCGACCGCUUCUGACAGGUACGACGAUGUCACCAACCAGCGGACCACGACUAUCGACUACGGCCGACAGUCUGCUCUGGUCCUGGUGUCGUAUUUAGGGUUACCGGGAUGAAGUGCUGCUUUGACUUGUAGGCCACGUCACACCGACGCCUCCAGAUGCAGCCUCGCAUCCUGCUAGCUAGCCGCUGAGGAAGGUAGCCAUUGUUUGAGUUGUUGGCUAACAUGGCAACGGAAGCUAACACGAGCAGCGUCGGAUAGACGGAACGACCGUGUUGCAGAAGAAGAUACCGGCCAGCGGGUUUUAAUGAUGAAAUACGUCCGUUAACCCGGGACUCAAGCUGCCUCGUGAACACUGCUGUGGUCGUCCUGCAUCAUGUGUGACGGUUGUGAGGCUAGAAAGCAGUGCCUGUCCCUCUCUCCUUCAUCUUGGGCCAGCCCUCCCAUUUAACCAUAUCCCCAAAGUCUCUCGCCUAAACCUGCCGGGAUGACCGACAGGAAGGAGCCACCCUUCUUUAAUGAUGACAGCGUGGGAGCUUUUCACUAUAAGCUCCCUUUCUAUGACACUAUGGAGCUCUUCAUAGAGACCCUGACAGGGACCUGUUUUGAGCUGCGUGUGUUGCCCUUUGAGGCUGUCAUUUCAGUCAAGGCAAAGAUCCAGAGACUGGAAGGUAUCCCGGUUGCCCAGCAGCACCUUAUCUGGAACAAUCUGGAGCUGGAUGAUGAACACUGUCUACACGACUAUGGUAUUGCAGAGGGCUGCACUUUGAAACUGGUCUUGGCUAUGAGGGGAGGCCCAAUUAACACCAGGAGAGUUACCAUGGAUGACCCUAUUAAAGAGGUUACUGACCUGAUGGAGAGCACACAGGAGGGUUGGGAGAAAAACGUGGCCAACAAGCAGGUUACGUUUGUGGUCUAUCGAGAAAAUGACCAGCUAAACUUCUUCCGAGUGGUCGACAGGGGAGAUGGCACCCUGACCCCUCUGUCUGAAUCCCUGAGUGGUGGCUCGGUGUACAAUGUGUGUGCAGAGGAGGAGGAGGAGGAGGAGGAGGAGGGAGAGUGUUCUCCAGCUACACAGCAAAGCCUUGAGAACUCAAUCACCAUGAACAAAAUGAAGCUACUCAAAGCCAAGAUGGAGGACAUUAAUCUCAACAAGAAGCCGAAGAAGUCCGCAAAGGUAAAACCACGGCCCCCUGUCAACCCACAUCCCUGCGGAGGCUCUCCAGGACCUACCAGCACACGACACCACCAUCGCCUCUUUCGGUCGCUCUCCAAGAUAAACCAGCCUUGGCAGUCAAAUAUACAGCUACCUCCAAUCGCAGACCAUGAAUCCAUGGACCCCUUCCCGCUCUCUGCUGCAACCUCUGCCCCCUUUUUUAUCCCUAGACGACCACCUCCCUCUUUCCCAUCACUAUCUUGUUACAUGCUUCAGGAGGAAGAGCCAUGGGAGACAUGCCCCCCAUUUGCAAAGAUCCGGCCCCCUCCCAAAGUGUCCCGGUUGGAUAUUGGCAGCACCAGAUUGAUGAGGGACUGUGUGUACCCUCAGCUCCCUCCACUGUGUAUCAGGGGUCAACCUGAGGCAACCUUUGACCCAGCUGAGCCUUCAGGGGAGGCUGUAGGGCUGAGUUUGUUGGAGGAAGCUACUGGACUGAUGGUGCCAGCUCAACCUGGAGCUCCGUUUGGGGAACUGUUCGACCCUCUGAGUCUAGAUGUGUCCACCCAGCCUGAGGGAAGUUGUCGGUCGCUCUCCCCAUCCCCACUUAGUACCUGGACAAGUGAUACUCUCACCAGCACAGGGGAUCGGACACAGCUUGGCACACCAUUUCAUAUCAGCUGCCCCUCACCAUUGCCCGUCUCCCCCCCACCAUCAACUUCUACCAGACCGCUGCCUCAGCCUUUUGAUUCCACUCUCUCCGGUUUACAGCCUAACCUUCAAUCCCAAUACUCGGCACAGGUGAAGCCAGGCAGCACAUCCUCUCACCCCUCCACCACCAUGUCAACUCAUCAGCUAAGCCUUCGUGGUGUUAAAGUGGAGUCACUUGGCAAGAAACCAGAGCUUAUCUCCAAGAGGGAAGCAAGAGGCAUCACUAAGAUGGCCAACCAAGUCUGGAAGGAGCCAGUUGGGUCCCUGAACAACUCUGAACUCUUGGCAUCUCUCUCCGCAAGGGCUCCAGACAGCAUUAACGCCAGGGACGGGCUUGAAGAGAGUCUGGGACUCGCAUUGCCCCCUGCCACUGCCUCAGGACCGGGCAGCCUUGGCUCCAGGCUGCCAUCCAUCCCAACUAGCAGACUCCGUCAGGAUGACCUGAUAAGACAAAUGUCACCGUUGCACCGAGCAGCAGCCUCUUACAUGGCCACCCCCCCUCUUGCAUCAGCUGGGGGAGUCAUGACAUCAUUCGGAAGAAUAGGCACUCCAACGUACCACCUACCUCCAGUCAAGGCUCCUGCAGGCAGCAAGAAGAAGAGCUCCAAGCACUGCUUCCUCUGUGGCAAGAAGACCGGCCUGGCCACCAGCUACGAGUGCAGGUGUGCUCACAACUUCUGCUGCACCCAUCGCUACGCAGAGACGCAUGACUGCACGUAUGACUACAAGGGUGCCGGACGGAGAUUUCUGCAUGAGACCAACCCUCUGAUCAGUGCUCCCAAGUUGCCUAAGAUAUAGCCCAUUCAACCCUAGCGGAGAGAAGGAACUUAUUCACCACUGUGUGCUUUCUUUUUUUUUUUUUUUUUUUUUUUUUUUUUUUUUUUUUUUUUUUAAAUCAGCCAAGUUUGCUUGAAGUUUAGAUCAAAUAUUCUGUAAAGCCAAGUGUGAACAAACAAGAGUAGACUGAAAUGGCAAAUAACUGAUUAUUUCUUCUUGACAAUGUGAAGAUGUUUAUCCUUUUUUUAAUCUGUUACCAAGUUCUUUUUCCAACCCAUUAAAACAAAACAAAAAAAAAAAACUGUGCUUGUAUGUAGGUAGUUCUUGCUAAAUAUAUCUGCUGCACGUUCAGACAUAUCUAUUUUUAGUUUUGUCAGGCUUUUUAAAAAAUAAGAAAAAAGAUUGGACCGCUGAUGACUUUUCAUUCGACAAGUCUUUGACAGAUGCACUUUAGAACUAUCAUAUUUAUACAUUUGGCUUUCCUUAUUGUGUGGGGGAAGAAUACUUACAUUUCUGUGUUUGUCUUUUAAAGUGUUUAUGAUGUUGUCACUCAGAUUUUUAUAUUCUUCACCUCUUAAAUGUCUUUCUUACACGGGCACAUACAGACAUCACUAAUGAAUUCUUUCUUUAAAAAUAGUACACUCACUCAUUGAUAUUAAUAUUUAUUAAUGAAUAGUACUUAUUUAAAUUCAAGGUUGUUUUUUAGAAUACUAAGUAUGCAAUGUGUGUGAAUGUCAGUUGUAAUCUGUACUCUUAUCAAGUAAACUAUUGGUAUGGGGGGGGGGGGGGUUAUGGUAUUUAUGUGUCUACAAGUAAGAUGCUUGCCAUAAAAAAAACUUUUGUAAAAGUCUUUUUUUUUUUUUAUUGCUCUGCUGUUGCAAAAACGUUUAAUGCUGUUAUAGUAUCUACAGAAGUUUGAUCUAAUAAAGUGUCUUUCCAUACAUACUAUA